AUGUCCAAUCUCGCAAACCCGCACAGACGAUAUGUCUUCCCUCUGUUCUUCUGGCAAGGCAACAAACCAAACUUUCAAGACGACGGGGAAAAGCUUCGCGUGGCCCUGAUUGCAAACAGGUCUUCCGACAAUACUUGGUUAAGGUGGCUGGAGUCUAAUAUUCCUCGCGGACAUCUGGGGAUAAGAUGGUACAUUAUCUCAAAAGUUUACGUUUUGCAUUGCACACCAAGAGACCUAAAAUUAACUAGAACCGAUAUCAACCUUUAUGGUCCUGGUUCACACUUCCAAAUCGAGAACUCAUUCCGUCUCACAGGAACCAUCACCUUAGACGUCCGUCUAACAUUGCGGCCGGAGUUGAAAUUCUUCAUCAGUGUUCUAGACCCCAUCUAUAAGUUCAUGAUGGCGGUAAUCCUUUACAAGUUUGCCAACGACAAAGGGGUGCAGAUAUGGUUAGCCGCUACCACGACUAUUCUAGCUAUGAUAGUUUUCGUCUUCACGUUGCGAGAAGUAUCAUAA